GUCGGAGUGGUCUGUUAAAUGGAUGCUCCCGAUCAAUGUGGCAAAAUGUGCAACCAUGCGCAUUGGACAAUCAAGCACAAGCCCCUAUGAAUUAGAGGGAAUAACACUUCCAUCAGUUCAGACUCACUUGGACUUAGGUGUCAUAGUUAGCCACGACUUAAAAACUACAGCACACUGUCGCGCGGUGGCUGCACGUAGUUUCAGGUCCUUAUGGGUGAUUCGCAGAGCCUUUACAAGAAUUACCAGCGAUAUGUUCACCUCCUUAUACACAUCUCUGGUUAGGUCAAGACUGGAAAACUGCAUCCAGGCCGCCAGUCCUUGUCUAAAAGGGAAUUCACACAUUCUAGAAAGUGUUCAAAGGAAGGCAACACGUAUGGUUCACGGCAUAGCUAACUUAUCAUACGAGGAAAGACUAGAUAGUUUAAAUCUCUUCUCACUGUCAUACCGUAGGCAGAGAGGAGAUUUAAUCACAAUGUUUAAAAUUUUAAAUAAUGACUACGGACCUGACCUAUUCUCUCUUUUCCUUCCCACCAGGUCGGAACACCUUAGAGGACAUAGCAGGAAAGUUCAAAAGCCAAGGAGAAAUCAUAUUGCUGUUGAGUACUGGUUCUCACAUCGAGUCAUAAACUCUUGGAACCGACUCCCAGAAGAAAUGGUGUCUGCAACUUCAGCUGAUUCGUUCAAGAAGGGUUUGGACAACCACAGAAAUCUACUAGAAAAGGAUUAACAUAGGCUGCAAGCCUUCUAUCCUCAACCAAUAAAUCUGAAAUCUGAAUUAUUUCUAUUUUCACCAACACUUUCUGCACUGGUGUACGCUUGACAUAGUGCACUACGACACAAUAACAGUGAAAACACUAAGUUUACAAGUCAACUAAUCAAAAAACUAACCAAGACUAAUUUUGUAAGGAAAUAAGUAAUCGAUUUAAGUGUAGAAUACUAUGUUUGAUAUUUAAAUGUCAACAUAACAAUUAGAACGGUGAUAAAACAUUAGUUUAUAAUAAAGUCCCAAAC